UAUAGCAAUAUCAGGCAUCUAGAUGUGGAUUAACUUGUGUCAUAUAAGACAUACACUUACGAUGAAAAAUAGUGUUUCAAGUGAAGAAAGUAAAGGAAAUAUAAAACCUGUGUACGAAACCGAUUAGGACAAAUAAAUUUUACAGAACUUUCAUACUGAAAAAUAAUUUUGGUGACCUAUAUAAAUCCCAGAAUUUUCGUUUUCAAAUCACUGGAAACAAUAAUAAUUUGUGGUAAUUUUUAACAAUGGAUUAGCACGUCGUUAUUGUUUAUAUGUACAGAAAAAGCUGUUCACUUUGUCUUAUGCUGACGUUCAAUGCUUAACACUCUUGAUCACAUACAAUAUCGUCAUAGUAUUAGUGUAUCAAUGCCUGGAGAUAUGAGCUGUACAAUGGAAUAAUACAAGUUUUAUUUCAAAUAUUUUGUGACUAUGUGGAUAUUGUCUUAAUGGAAUGUUUAACUAUGGAGCUUAAAUGAAGUAAGUGUAUGUUCAUCAUGAACGAUUCGUUGAUUUUUGCAAACAAGACAUCAAGAAUUCUCGACGAUCCAGAAUUGCUACAAAUUGCAAAUGACAUCGCUGUGAGGAAACACUUAAUUCCAAGUCUUAUUUUAACAGUUUUAAUGAUCAUUAUCGGCAUUCCUGGAAAUAUCCUUAUCAUCGCAGUUUACAUGAAGAGAUGGCGAAAAUCUACAAGCAGAAUAUUCAUCCUUGCUUUGGCCUUCAACGAUUUAUUUAAUUGCUUAUUCACAAUGCCUGUUGAGUUGUACUAUAUCAUAAACAUUCUUCAAACUGACGAUUCAAAUCUUUGCAAAACUUCUCGUUUCCUUACUUUCUGGACGAAUGAUGGGUCUUCUUUGAUAUUAAUGGGCAUUGCCUUUGAUAGGUUACAGCGAAUUUGUAAACCUUUUAAGAUUCAACUUUCUAGAUCUACAGCAAAAAAGAUCGUCGCCGUUUCAAUGCUGGCAUCCUUGGCGGUAGCCUGGCCAUCUCUCUUGAUAUAUGGAACAGCAAAUGUACCAAUUACAGUUGGUGAAUAUAAAAUGUAUGCCAAAAUGUGUUUGUAUUCCGAUAACAUUCGUAUAGACCCAACCGUUUUUGUGUUUUUUAUAAUGGCGGGGAACUCAGUGCUUGACGUGUUUUUUCUUGUUGUUUACGGAAUAAUCUUGUAUCAUGUCAAAAAUGCUGGAAAAGAGCUCAGGAAGAUGUCUCGAGCGAAUCUUUACCCAGACGGUGUAUCUCGUAAAAUGUCAAUGACAGUCGCCACUAACCAGAAUGGGUCUCAUGAUGUGACAUUGGUAGAGGAAACCUCAAAUAAAGAAAUUAAAAAGUCAUCCAAAGGAGAAAUUAAAGCCCCCACUAAGAGACGGUCUUCUCCCGAAGAACCAUUGACCGCUGCCACAAAACGGAAACUUUUCACCGAGGGUCGACAAAGUCACCUCAGCUGCACGUGUUAUGGCGAAAGUCGCAGAACUAUUUUCUCGUCCCAAGAGAAUUACCGUAAAAGAAAAACAACAAUUAUGUUAUUUGCAGUUACACUUUUAUUCAUCAUAUCUUUUGUACCUUACACGGUACUGAUGACCAUACGGAACUUUGAUUCUGAAUUCUUCAAUCACCUUAGUGAUUCUGAAAAGACAGCUUACCACUUCUUUAUUCGCUCAUUUUUCCUUUCAAAUGCCCUGAAUCCACUUAUUUACGGAUUUGUAAGUGAACACUUCCGAACGGAAUGUAAGAGCGUCCUCAAAAACAUCAUGUGCUGUUGAGAAACGAAUGUCACAGCCCGAUAAUGUACAUAAGAGGGUACUGAGAACUCAAUACGUGUGUGUUUAAGGGCGAGAUUUCAUAUUGAAAUACAUUAUAAUUAGCUGUUAUAAUGAGUUGAAUAAAUUAAUUUAUUUGAUUGAUUAAUUUGAUAUAGCAUAUCAUUUG